AUGAAGUUAAACUAAAGAAAAGGCUUGGUUGAAAUAUUGGGAUUUUCUUAAACAAAAUAGGUUAAAACCCUUUUAAAGAUUUCAAAGGUUUAAAUGAUUGUUUGUCAUUUGAAGAAGCUUUAUAAUGAUUAAGAGUUCUGUAAAUUAAUUCCUUGGUUAUAAUAAAUGAUGCAAUUAAAUAAAGGACAAAGAAACUUAAAUAAAAGUAACCUGCAUAUUAGGAAGAAAAUUUCUGGAUUUAUAAUUUUUAUUACUUAAAUUCAGGUAGUUUAUGCAAAUAAUUUAACUAAUGGAAAAAAUAAGGUAAUUAAAAGUUAAUGA